CACGUAAACACGGAACUUGUAGACACAAGGAGACUUCAUUUUGUUCGGGUGUAGCUGUAAUCAGGAGAGAACCAUGCAGGCCCUGACGGGCAAGCUGUCGGCGGGGAUGCAGCGCCCCAGCCGUGGCCAGAUGGUCGUCACCAACGUGGCAACGCCUUCCAAGAACCCCACCUCUCGUCUAGCUAAGCGCAGCAAGGUGGAGAUCAUUAAGGAGAAGAGCGACUACCUGCGACACCCACUCAUGGAGGAGCUUGUCAACGAGAACACCAACAUUAGCGAGGAGGCUGUGCAGCUGAUGAAGUUCCAUGGAUCUUACCAGCAAGACCACCGCGAGAAGCGUGCCUUCGGGCAGGGCAAGGCUUACAUGUUCAUGAUGCGGACUCGUCAACCCAGUGGCCUCGUGCCCAACAGGCUCUACCUUGUCAUGGACGAUCUUGCUGACCAGUAUGGCAACGGCACCCUGCGCCUCACGACGCGUCAGGCGUACCAGCUGCAUGGCGUGCUGAAGCACGACCUGAAGACGGUGUUCUCUUCUGUCAUCAAGAACAUGGGCUCCACCCUGGGCGCUUGCGGUGACGUGAACCGCAACGUCAUGGGCCCCGCUGCCCCGUACCUGGACAAGCCCGAGUACAUGAUUGCGCAGAAGGUCGCAAACGACGUUGCAGACCUCCUGGCGCCUCAGUCUGGUGCGUACUACGACAUGUGGCUGGACGGCGAGAAGUUCAUGUCGAUGUACAAGGAGGACCCCAAGGUGACUGCCGAUCGCGCCUUCAACGGCUUCGGCACGAACUUUGAGAACUCCCCGGAGCCCAUCUACGGCGCUCAGUUCCUGCCGCGCAAGUUCAAGGUGGCUGUCACGGUGCCCGGCGACAACUCCGUGGACCUCUUCACCAACGACCUGGGCAUCAUCGUCAUCAUGGACGAGGAGAAGAAGGAGCUGAAGGGCUUCAACAUUGUGGUGGGCGGUGGCCUGGGCCGCACGCACCGUGACAACGACACGUACGCGCGCCUGGCUGAGCCCCUGGGCUAUGUGGACAAGGACGACAUCUUCCACGCCGUCAAGGCGAUUGUGGCGGCGCAGCGCGACUACGGCCGCCGUGACAACCGCAAGCAGGCUCGCCUCAAGUACCUGGUUUCGGAGUGGGGCAUUGACCGCUUCAGGUCGGUGACUGAGCAGUACUUCGGCAAGAAGUUCGGCGAGUACGUGCCGAUGCCCGAGUGGGAGUACAAGGACUACAUGGGCUGGGGCGAGCAGGGCGACGGCAAGCUGUUCUACGGCCUGUACGUCCAGAACGGCCGCAUCAAGGGCGAGCAGAAGAAGGCCAUGCGCGCCGUGAUUGAGAAGUUCAACCUUCCGGUGACGCUGACGCCGCACCAGAACAUUAUCCUCCGCGACGUGCUGCCCGAGAACAAGGACGAGAUCAUGGCGAUGCUGAAGGCGGGCGGCGUGCAGGAGCUGAUGGACUGGGACUCGCUCGACCGCAUGUCGAUGGCCUGCCCCGCCCUGCCGCUGUGCGGUCUGGCGGUGACGGAGGCCGAGCGCACCAUGGGGGACAUCAACAAGCGCAUCCGGGCGCUGCUCGACAAGGUGGGCGUCGACGCGGAGACGCAGCUGAUUGUGCGCAUGACGGGCUGCCCCAACGGCUGCGCGCGCCCGUACAUGGCGGAGCUGGGCUUCGUGGGCGACGGCCCCAACAGCUACCAGAUCUACCUGGGCGGCAACGCCAACCAGACCCGGCUGGCUGAGCUGUACGCGGACAGGGUGAAGAUCAAGGACCUGGAGAGCUUCCUGGAGCCCAUCCUCGCGGCCUGGUGGACCAACAGGCGCCCGAGCGAGGGCUUUGGCGACUGGACCGCACGCGUCGGCUUCCCGGCCGUCAAGCAGUUGGCGGCGGCCGCCAAGCCGGCUGUCGCUGCUCAGUAAGCAGCUUGCACCGCGUUGAGCCUUCAGCCUUGCUAAGCUACAAAGGUCCUUAGUUCCCAGUACACGCUGAUACGUGAUCAGGAGGGACUGAGGCUUUUCUGCAUUAUAGAGAAGAGCAUUGUUUGAUGUGGCGGAAUGUUUGCAUAGCCGGUCAGAUGAUGCUACUGACGUGGGGCGCAGGUGGCGGUGUUUAGACUAGAGUAAAGUACCUGCUAUAGGUUGGGUUUCGGAUGUCCCUGACUUGUUUGGGCAUGCAAUGGACUUGCUGUGGACAACAUAACCACUGCCACCUGCGACAGGAUGCCAACGUAAUGGGGGUGGUUGCUCCUAGUUCUGUGUGGCGUGUGUAGAUUUCGUGUCGUCUUUGGCAGGAGAUAUGGGGGCGUACUUCAACAUUUGUAGGGGCCGCGGAUUGCGGCAGUCACCUGCAUGAAGGUUGAGUCCGCACCACCCAUGGUUAUUUGUUGUUAGAUACGCGCGCAAGCACCAUAGACUCUGUUGUAAGGGAUGAUGGUUUGACUUUGGACUCCUUUCUCGUCAGCUAAUGUUUGGGGAAGGUUGCACCAUUCCCACCUAGCUUGGUGGAUGCAUCGGUUCGCUGGUGGGUGUACCGUGCCAAAUUGCGGAAGGGUGUUGACAAACCUUGACUUGGGUCGGACCCGGAGCGUCACCGCUUCCAGUGCGAACAAAGUUGACGCUUUGUACAGUUGGCGGCGGCAGCUUGCCUAUCUUGUGCGUGUUUCGUUCCCUACUUGUCGGGCAGUGCUUUGAGUGCACACCCAUAAAUCAACGUCACAGGAGAUAUCACUUCUGGCGUUUGAAGCAGCAUGAGCGCGUCUAUGCCGCCUCAUGGAUGUUAGCAUUGAUGGGUAAGCUUGUGUUUGCACUGUACUAUUGUUCUUAUACACGUGUUUGCGCGUAAAGCGUUACACCUGUUACACCCUUAAUGGGAUGUUUGCAUUUGGUAUGCGCGUUUGGGAAAUGCGCAAGAGGAAUACUGCUCAUUGUUUGUGGCACACGUGCCUUCGGGGUGUCAUAAGAGAGGAGGGACUCCCCAAAGGCCAAGCCUUCAUUUUAUGUGGAUGAUGUAAAGUCCGAGAAGGCUGACGCCAGUUGACAAAAAGGUGUCACAUUGCAACCU